CUGGGGUGUGGAGGGAGUAGAUAUUCUGGGAGAUCAUUGCCAGCACCUUGGAGUGGAACUUAUGCAUUCAGUGUCUUCAAACUUUGCUGGAGUAGUCGCAAGCUCCUAUGGCGGCUCGUUGAGAAGACCAGAGUCUUGUUCUUCAAACUGCACGGCACAGGUGACGUUCUCGUGGUCCUUCCAAAAAAGUUUUCUUAUGGUGAUGAGCAAUCUUGGCUUUGGGGAUCUUGUAUGCACUUGAUCCGGUCUCUUCCUCUUGCCUCUGCACCCGAAGCUGAGCACGGUGGAAUAAAGGCGCUGGCGGGUGCAGAGGCCUGGCUUGGGCUGUCUAUCUUCUCCUUUGCUCCUACAUCCAAACAGUGACCGAAAGGAAUUGAAUGCUCAUUUUUUUUUUCUGAAGACCAAAAAGCCUGGUAAAGGAAUAUUUUUUUUAUGAGGCACGUGUUUAUAAAGAUGGGCCAGGACCAAACAAAGCAGCAGAUUGAGAAAGGGCUCAAGCUUUACCAGUCAAAUGAGACGGAGAAAGCUCUACACGUGUGGAUGAAGGUGCUGGAGAAGACCACCGAUCCAGGGGGCAAAUUCAGGGCUUUAGGUUGCCUUAUCACAGCCCAUUCGGAGAUGGGGAAAUAUAAAGAGAUGCUAAAGUACGCCCUAGCUCAGAUUGACACAGCACGAGAGAUGGAGGACCCAGACUACCUGACCGAAGGCUACCUGAACCUGGCUCGCAGCAAUGAGAAACUCUGCGACUUUCAGAAGACCAUUUCAUACUGCAAGACCUGCUUAAACAUGCAAGGCACCACCGUGAGCCUGCAGCUCAACGGCCAAGUGUGUUUGAGCAUGGGCAACGCCUUCCUCGGCCUCAGUGUCUUUCAGAAAGCCUUGGAGAGUUACGAGAAGGCCCUGCGCUACGCGCACAAUAAUGAUGACAAGAUGCUGGAGUGCAGGGUGUGCUGCAGUCUGGGCAGCUUCUACAUCCAGUUAAAGGAUUAUGAGAAGGCCCUGUUUUUUCCAUGCAAGGCAGCUGAGCUUGUCAAUGACUACGGCAAAGGGUGGAGUCUCAAGUACCGUGCCAUGAGCCAGUACCACAUGUCGGUGGCCUACAGGAAGCUGGAGCGUCUCCCAGAUGCCAUGGAAUGCUGUGAGGAAUCAAUGAAGAUAGCUCUGCAGCAUGGAGAUCGUCCUCUGCAGGCCAUGUGUCUCCUGAACUUUGCAGAUAUUCAUCGCUACCGCAAUGAUGUUGAUAAAGCAUUCCCUCGCUAUGAGUCUUCAAUGUGUAUAAUGACAGAGAUUGGAAACCGCCUUGGACAAGCAGCUAUCCACUUAGGAGUGGGAAAGUGUUGGCUACAGCAGAAGGAGCUGGACAAGGCAUUGGAUUCUUUUCAGCAAGCAUAUGAACUAGCAGAUGCAAUAGGAAACAAGCUCUUUUCGCUGAAGGUACACUGCUUGUUAGAAGGCAUCUACCGUAGCAGGGAUCAGCAGGACGAGCUCAGAGAGCAGGUGGUGAAGUUCCUGCAAUGUGUAGAAGAGCUGGAGCUCUACUGUGGCAUGUGUGGCGAGUCAAUCGGAGAGCGAAACCAGCAACUCCAGGCUUUGCCUUGCUCCCACAUCUUUCACCUCAAGUGCCUGCAGACAAAUGGGACACAAGGAUGCCCAAAAUGUCGCCGGUCAUCGAUGAAGCCUGGGUUUGUGUGAUGUAGUUGUGAUGUUCCAGUUUGGACUAAGCAACAUAAUCAAUGUGGCUCCACUUGAGAAAAAAAAACUGCAACAUUCUCUACCAGGAGACACAAAAACAAAACAAAGAAAGUGGUUUAAAUUCCAUGCUGUUCAUCUCAUCUGGAGUUAAUAGGGAGACUGAACGCACACGGAAAUGGCCAUAAAAGGAGUGCUCUAACCAUCUGCACAAAGUAUGUGCUUCGUGCACCGAGUCUUUGAAGAGUGCUUGUGUACGCCCUACUGGGCAAGUCGGAGAAAACAACUGGGAUAUAUAAUAUUUUUAAAGCAUGGAGGUGGAAUAAAAAUACAUUAAAAGGAGAUGAGACUGGGGUCACUAUACAUAUCAUUCUGCCACGUCAGUAUAUACUGACUAUGUGGCAUGGAUCAUGUUUUUAUGGAUUCAGAUGGAAUUUAAAUCUUUAGGCCAUGUCUUUGGCAUCUGUAAACUGAGUACAAGGUAGAAAUGAUCCUAACUGAAGAUCUGUAUUAUGUUUAAAUACUACAGUAAUAUUAUAUUGAUUAUUGCUAUGCUACUGUAUAUAGCACUAACAAACUAUUAGCAUUUAAUGUGUAUAACUUGGGGAUAUAGUUAUUGCACUGUACAUACCUUGUACUGCAAAGAGCAGUGCCAGUUUGUUGUUUAACGAGGGUCAGUCAGGGCCAACUUUGGUUUGCUUUAUGUUCAUAACAAACACUCGCA